AUAUUAUACACGAAAAUACUCAUAUUGCCAUUGAUACAUUCAGAUACAUGAGGAAAACUCGUUCUGGAAGGACAGUGAAAGCAUCUCCAGCAUCUAAACCCAAGCCAUUAUGUAAGAAAAAAAAGAAGAUUGUGGUUAUGGAAGUAGAUGCUUCUGAUGAGGAAGAAGAGAACUCUGCCAACAACAAAAGUGUUGAAGAUGAAUGUGACAAUGCACCUGAUGAUGAUAAAGCAAUAGUGGCAGAAAAAAGUCCAGAGAAAAAGGCAAAAACUGUUGCAAAGGCUGAGCAAAAUGGAAGUGAAGAUGCUAGUGAUAUCCUGAAGCAGAUCAGUGAUGAUUCUAUUGUGGUACUCAAUGAUGUGGAGAUGUUGACUGCUGAUGAUAGCAAUGAUGGAGUGACUGAAAACAAAAAUGAGGAAGAAAUAAUAGCUCCUAACUCAACACAGCCUGAGAAGGAAGAUGUAAAUAGAGGAAAACCUGAAGCUGAUAACAAGCUGAUUGAAGAAAAGGAACAACAGAAAACUGAAAAAAACAAGGAAAAUGAAAAGGGAGCAAAACAAGCAGAAGAAAAAUUAGAUGAAUCUAAAGCUCCCAAGAAAAGGAAAGUUGAUAUUCAAGAAGAGCCACAGAAAAAAGCAAAAAUUGAUGAACAAAAAGAUGCAAAAGGUCAGACAGAAAAAAACAAAGUAGAGGAUAAAAGAGAAGUUGUGGAGACAGAAGUAAAGGAAAAACAAAAGCUUGAAAAGAAAGCAGAAGAAAAUCCAACAGUUGAGGAGAAAAAAGUAGAGGCAAAACCAAAAUUUGAGAAAAAAGAGAAGGAAAAACCAAAAGUUGAGGAGAAAGAAGAAGAGGAAAAACCAAAAGCUGAGAAAAAAGCAGAGGAGAAAACAAAAGCUGAAAAGAUAGAACCAGAACCAACAACUGGAGAUAAAGAAGAUGAGUCUACAUCUGUGAAUGAAGCUGAUUCAAAAAAGGUAUCUACAAAAAAAGAAGGUAAAUCAAAGGUUGAAGAUCAGAAAGAUACAGUAACAGGAGCCGAAGAAAAGAAAAAAGAUGACUCUGACUUUAAGAAGGAAGUGGGGGUGAAGAAUGAUGAGUCUAAAGAAGAAAAGGAUAAAGCUAAAAAAGAUAUUACUAAGAAAAAAGAAAUUACUGAGGCAAAGAAAGAGGAUACCAAGGAAGCCUAUAAAGAAAAGGAUAAAAAGAUAUCUAAACAGAAUGGUGAUCCUGAUGCUGAGAAUAUAUCUGAAGAUGAGUUACCUGCUGUUCAAGUUGCCAAAGUUCCAGAAGCGGAAGAGGUGUCAGAUGAAGAGCUACCAGGGCCCAAGCGCGCCGAAUUACCAGCUGAUACUGAGGUUGUAUCUGAUGAGGAACUGCCUGCGUCAAAAACAGAAAAAACUGAUACAAAGAAAAGUAGUAAAAAGAGAAAACUUGAUGAGUCAAACUAUGAUCCGUGCUCACCAACAUCUGAAAGUGAAACACCACCAAAGAAAGCUGCCACUGACUCUGCUGAAAAAGAAAAGGAGGAGAAAAAGCCCAAAAAACUUCCAGAGUUAGAUAAAUACUGGAAAGCAGUCAAUGAUGAUCCCACUGAUUUCACCGGCUGGACAUACCUGCUCCAGUAUGUGGACCAAGAAAAUGACAUGGAAGCAGCAAGGGAGGCGUAUGAUGCUUUCCUUUCUCACUACCCCUACUGCUACGGUUAUUGGCGCAAGUACGCUGAUUACGAGAAACGCAAGGGCAACAAGAAGAAAUGCGAAGAGGUAUGUACCGCUUUAUCCGCAGUUACUAAACCGCGGAAUAUAAUAUAAAUGAUAUACUAAUCAGAUUACAUAUAGUAAUUCUCGCCCAUCCCCACAGCUUGGCGACGUUAGGCCACCAUCAGCCGCGAUCCAGUACAAGCGUUGUUAUUCCUUAACAUGUUCUUGUUGUAGUGUAUACAAUGAUCUAUUGUCUCAUGUAACACUGUUAUUGUAUAUGUUUUACUUUUAAGUUGAGUUAUAUUCAUUAACUUUGAUACAAAUUGUGUGUACACAUUAUCUAAAAACGUCGUUAGCUGAAAAGAAAUUGAAGCGAACGCACACUGUCACACUAACACGUUAGAGAUGUGUUAGUUCAGGGGAGAGAGACAAUGGUGAGACGACUCCGGACGUUGUGGUACAUCUUUGUAUCAUCCUCCAAUCACGUAAUGUAAGGAAAAUCAAUAUACAUCGUGAUAUGAUACAGUAUUAUCUCUAAUAUUAUAUAUUUAUCUAAUAAAAUAACCAUACUUUACAGUUACAGGGAUAUUGAUGGAUGAGUAUGGAACAUCUAGCAUACAUGUAGAUUAUUACAAAGCUUAAAUAUUUAUUAUUUCAUAACUUAUUGAAUUAACUUAAACUCUUUGAUCAUUCCAAGGUUCUCAAAUACUGCUGCUGUUACGUGUAUGACCUUUUCAUCAGGAAAUCUCAAUAAACAUACAGUUAUACAGGAUGUUCUCAAAGUUGGAACUCCACACAGUGCACUCCUUGCAAAAAUAUGUUAAUUUUUGUGGUAAGAUAACAGAGUUAUUAGGUUUAGAACAAAAAUGAUAUACGAAAUCUGUAAACUAAGUCAUGAGACUGAUUUUUUAAUUUUUUCAUUCAAAUAUAAUUACAAUUUUAUAUUGUCACCCUCAAAAUAAAUUACUUCUGGAGACGCUACUUUCACUCUUCAUAGCAGUGCUGAAACUCCAAUACUGAAAUAGCCUUCAGCUGGUCAGUUACAGCAGUUUGAAUGUUAUUGACUGUCCCAAAUUGUUGUUCCCUUGAGGUGAUUGUCCAACUUCGGGAAGAGAAAAAAGUCACAAGGACUCAAGUCAGGCGAAUAAGGAGAAUGAGGAGCUAUAGGAAUCUUUUUACUGGCCAAAAUCUCGUUUAUUGACAAUGCUAUAUGACAAGGAGCAUUAUCGUGAUGAAACACCCAGUUCUCGAUCCGAUGUUUAGUCUCUCAGGAAUGACCCUUUUUCGAAAUUUUUCAAGAACUCCCCGCUAAAAGUUGUGAUUAACCGUUUGGCUUGAAGGUAGAAACACUUUGUGGACGAUUCCGUGGAUAUCUGUCGAUAUUUUCAUCGAUUCUUGAAGAUGAAGGCAUUCCGCUUCGUGGUUCAUCUUCAAUCGACUCUCCCUUUUGAAAAUGCCUUAAUCACCGAAGAACCGGAGCUCUCGACAAAACUCUAUAUCUGUAGACCUGCUGAAGUUUACCAAGAGUUUCCGUUGCACUGUGACCAAGUCUGAAGCAAAACCUAAUAACACAACUUAACUCAUUUUUAGAACACAAUAGAAAUAAAUGUUUCACAAACAAAAAUUGCUACAGGUAACCAAAUGACCCGAGCGAGUUCAAACUUGUGCUGAAGGCGUAUCACGUUCCCCUGUCUGCCCUCCGAGCCCGGCGCCUGCAGUGUUGCCGAAUCGAACGCUACUUUGUCAGUCUCAUUACGUAAUUUACAGUCCUCGAAGUGAAUAUAAUACGGCCCUGCCUAUAGCAUGAAAAAAAUAUGACUUGUGUCAGUAUCCAGUACCGUGCAGGUGCUGUUUAUAAAUUGUAUAUCAGAAAAUGACACAUUCCUGUAUGAUAAUCGAACUUGGCGAUUUGAUAUUAGUCUAAAAACUAUUGUUUCUCAAUAUACUUCCUGAAUAUUUUUACGACGCGCCGCGAGGGUUUACUUAGCGCGUGCAAAGAUCGUAUGUAUUAACGACGAGGUGAAGUAAAUCUAUACUCGUACAACCCCUAAUGUUGCAAAUUAAGGAAGAAGCUAACAAGCUUGUGUUUUGGAAUAACGUCGAGCAAAAUUUAUAAGUAACAUGUCACAAGGUGGUACUUGAAAUUUCUGAGCAAAUGACUAGUUAGUGCUUUUCUCCAUUUUUUUUACGUUUUGCUGCUGUUCUACCGCGCACUCUUCAAUCUUCUUCUGAAAUAGGAAUAAAGUCCCAACUUCCAGAAGACCCUGUUUACAAGUUUUUUUCUGAUUCUUCCGUCGUUUAGCACGACUUCUCAAGAAUUAAUUUCCAAUUAUACACCGAGCAAAAGUUUUCAGGUGCGAGUUUUCCAUCAUUCGCGAGUUUUACAUAUGAUGAAGCGAUAUUUACUGUCCUGUAUGAAUCUCACCUCUUCCACUAUUGGUUUGAAAACAGUUAUUUCAGUUUUAAUAUAAGGUGGUAAAGUAUGCAUAAACAAUAUUCUUGUUUUUAAAAGUUGAAUAAUAAUAUGAUCUAGAUGUUCUGUGCUUUCCCCUCGUGUUGCAGAAAAAAUAAACGCAUUUUUCAGUUGAUGUGUAUCCGUUAUUUGAAUAAAAUUUUUGCUAAUACACAAAAACUUAUCAAAACCUAAAAAUAAUAUGGUAAGCAACGGGUUAAUCUUAGCAUCUAAUACUUGUGAAUAUAUCAAUAUGUCAUAGUAAAAUACAAUACACAUCAUCUGCUUAUCGUAAAACACACCUCUCUAUCUAAUUUGCCCGCCCGGCCACUCUACGGCCUGGCUUCUGUUCUAUCCGAAGGUGUUCGAGCGUGGCCUGAAAGCCAUCCCUUUGAGUGUGGACCUGUGGCUGCACUACUUGGCCUACGUGAAACAAACCCGCGUGGAUGAUGAAGAAUACGUCCGGUCGCAGUUCGAAAGGGCUUUAGCUGCAUGCGGCCUUGAGUUUCGUUCUGACAGAUUAUGGGACCAAUACGUCAAAUGGGAGACGGAGGGAAAACGCCCACAGAAGGUCACCGCUAUAUAUGAUCGUCUGUUGGCCACGCCCACGCAAGGGUAUACGUCUCAUUUUGACAAGUGAGUUUUAUAUGGUUUGUAGUUUCGUGAUGUGAUAUAUGACAUAUUAAUGCACAUUUACUAAAGUCGGCCAAUACAGGAUAUAUUUUAAUAUAAUGCAAUUCUCCAUUUUGCAGUCGAUGUAUG